AUGUCUGAACAACCAGCUGAGCUCAAAUCUUGGCUCUUCUCAGCAAUAGUGGAAUCAAUGCCUAAAACUAUUGCAGUUUACCAUGAACAGGCUAAAUCUGUUUCCAAGCCACAUCUUGCGCUGAAUAUUUCCAAGUCAGAUGAGUCUCAUAAUGAUGCUGACCACGACGGGGCUCCGUGCAAGCGUCCCUGGACGCACCAGCCAAAAAAUCCCAGAUUGUCUCUUCCUUCCAUGAACCAUCCCAUACUGGACCCCUUGGAGGGUUCAACAUUGUACUCGUGGACGAGUACUGCACAGGGUACUCUGAUGAGGAAGAACAUACCCUUCAAUAAUAAGCCAUUGGUGCUGACUUCCACCCCUGCUAAUCCUUCCUAA